CAUCACAAAUUCUGGCCACGAUGCUGCCUGACCUGGACCUGCAGCAAGGGAAUGAUGGGUGGGGGAAAUGCCAGGGCAAGUUAUAGAACAAAUGCAUGAAAUCAGGAGGAUUUCUGAGACAGAACAGGUCUGUGUGUGCAGGUUUAACUGGAGUGUUUCUGUUGAGCUGGACACCAGAAAGCUGUGAUUCCUUUUCAUCCCCCAGUUUCUCUACCUGCCAGAGGAUAUGAAGUUGCUCUCCCAUGGGAUCUGAGUGAUGAGCUCAGCUUUGUGACACCACACUGGAGCUGCUUUUUCCUUUUUUCCCCUAGCACUGAAUCCUAUUUACGAGGUGGUUGGGAGGGGCUGUUUGUGCUGUUAACGAAGGAAAAUGCAGAGAGAGGAGGAGGAUCCACGUUGCCAAGGGAGAUCAGGAAUCACUUGCAUCUGAAGCAGGAACUGAAGGAAAAACUCUAAUCCUUCUGGAGGACUCCUCAGCCUUUUGUGUGGACAAACAGCAGAGUGUGACGUGGUUGAUGGCUCAGCGGGUGCUGGUGAUCGGCAGUGGGGGCAGAGAACACGCCCUGGCCUGGAAGUUGGCCCAGUCCCCACAUGUAAAACAUGUGUUUGUGGCUCCAGGAAAUGCAGGAACGGCCGACAAUGGAAAAAUUUCCAAUUCAGCUGUCUUGGUGAGCAAUCACACAAUUGUUACCCAGUUCUGCAAAGAUCACAACAUUGGACUUGUGUUAGUUGGAGAGGAAGCUCUGUUGGCAGCUGGGAUUGUUGAUGACUUGAGGGCGGCAGGAGUUCGGUGUUUUGGCCCGUCUGCCAAGGCAGCCCGGCUGGCAUCCGACACCAGCCUCACUAAAGCCUUUCUGGAUCGACACGGGAUCCCGACAGCACGAUGGAAAGCCUUCAGCAGCGCCCAGGAAGCCUGUAGGUUUAUCAUCAGCACGGACUUCCCUGCACGAGUGGUGCGGGCGAGGGGCCCUGCGGCCAGGAAGGAGGUGACCAUCACAGCCAGCAAGGAGGAGGCCUGCAGAGCUGCCCAGGAGAUCAUGCAGGACAGAAUGUUUGGAGAGAUGGUUGUUAUUGAAGAACUUCUUCAAGGGGAAGAACUUUCCUGCUCGUGUUUCACGGACGGUGUCACCAUCGCUCCCAUGCCCCCGGCCCAGGCCCACAAGCGAUUACUGGAUGGGGACCAGGGCCCCAACACUGGAGGGAUGGGAGCCUAUUGUCCAGUCCCUCAGGUUCCAGAAGUUCUUCUAGAGCAGAUCAGGGGUGCAAUCCUCCAGCACGUUGUUGAUAGUAUGAGACAAGAAGGAACAGCCUAUGUGGGUGUGCUGCAAACAAGUUUAAUGCUGACCAAAGAGGGGGUGAAGAUUUUAAACUUUAAGUGUCAGUUUGGGGAUCCCCAGUGCCAGGUAAUUCUUCCUCUGCUUAAAAAUGAUUUUUAUGAAGUGAUUCAAGCAACGAUUGAUGGCAAACUCUGCAGCUUCAUGCCAGCCUGGUCCGAGAGCAGCACGGCCGUGUGCGUGGUCAUGGCCAGCGCGGGAUAUCCGGGGGACUGCGACAGAGGCAUGGAGGUGACAGGUGACCGUGGGAAGGUGUUCAUUGUUUGGGGUAAAAAGGUCACAUUUGGGGGCGUGGGCGCUGGUUGUGAGGGCGAGAGGGCAGAUUUUGGAAGCUGAGGCAGGUUUUGGGGUGAAAAGGCAGAUUUUGUGGAGUGGGAGGAAAUCCUGAGGUAAAAGGGGCAGAUUUGGGGUAAAAGAGGCAAAUUUGGGGGUGUGGGGGACGUUGCUGAGGUAAAGAUUUCAGAUUUUGGGGUCUGUGGCAGAUGUUGGGGUGGAAGAGGCAGAUUUCAGGAGGUGAGAGGAAAUCCUGAGGUAAAAGGGGCAGAUUUGGGGUAAAAGAGGCAAAUUUGGGGGUGUGGGGGACAUUGCUGAGGUAAAGAUUUCAGAUUUUGGGGUCUGUGGCAGAUGUUGGGGUGGAAGAGGCAGAUUUCAGGAGGUGAGAGGAAAUCCUGAGGUAAAAGGGGCAGAUUUUUGGUUAAAAAAGGCAGAUUUUGGGGCACUGAGGCAGGUUUGGGGUUGAAAGAGGCGUAUUUCAGGGUGUGCAGAAACAUUUCUGAGGUAAAAAAUUCUGAUUUUGGGGUCUGGAGAAGACUUUGGGUGGACAAAGGAAGAUUUUGGAGAGUGGGAGGAAAUCCGGAGGUAAAAGGGGCAGAUUUUGUGGUAAAAAAGGCAAAUUUGGGGUGUUGGAGACACUUCUGAGGUAAAAAAGGCAGCUAUUGAGGUGAAGAGACAAAAGUUGGGUUUUGGGAACAUAUCUGUGGUUAAAGAGGCCAAUUUUGGCAUGUGAGAGAAAAUUCUGAGGUAAAAGGGGCAGAUUUUGAAGUAAAAAUGCAGAUUUGGGGGUGAAAAUGCAAAUUUGAGGGGUGGGACAACAUUUCCAACGUUAAAAAAGAAUUGAAUUUUGGGGUCUGUGGGCAGGCUUUUAGGUAGGAAAGGCAAAUUUUGGGGGCAGGGAGGAAAUUCUUAAAUAAAAAAUGUGGAUUUUUGGGGUAAAAUGGCAAAAUUGGGGUCUGGAGGCAGAUUUUGGGGUAAAAUGGCAAAAUUGGGGUCUGGAGGCAGAUUUUGGGGUAAAAUGGCAAAAUUGGGGUGAAAGAGGCAGAUUUCGGGGUCUGGAGGGGAAUUUGGGAGUAAAAAUGACAGAUUUGGUGGAAUAGGGGGAGAUUGGGGAGUCUGGAGGGAUAUUUUGAGGUGAAAAAGGCAGAUGGGGGUGAAAAUAGCAGGUUUUGAUGUCUGGGUAGAGGUUUGGGGUUGAAAGAGGAGAUUUUUGUGGUGAGAAGGGCAGGUUUUGAUACCUGGAGGGAGAUUUGGGACAAAAGAGGCAAAUUUUGAGGUAAAAAUGGCAAACUUAAGGUGAAAAUGACAUAUUUUUGUGCCUGGAAGGAGAUUUUGAGGCAAAACAGGCAAAUAUUGUGGUAAAAAAGGGAGAUUUGGGGUGAAAAUGGCAUAUUUUGGGGUCUGG